GCGCAUAGUGGUACGUGCUAACACCGCACAUUCAAACCACAGCAGGUCGUGCAUUCUUCCUGCAUAGUUCUAGCGAUCAGGUUUUAUAGUUGAUGGCAGGUGGUUUCUGGUUUUCUAGGCAUAUCGUGUGGCUUCUUUAAAGUAUCAGUUGGCGCCACAGGAUUGGAAUUACUAUCUGGAUUAGAUCGAAAAGUGGUGAAAUAUUAAAAACUGGAAUACAACUUAAUAAACCUUUCUUUCGGCUUCCACACAUAUUUCAAGAACUUGGUCAUUAUUGUCUUCAUCGUAAUGGUUUAGCCUCUUCUAUCACGUUAGUGACUGCAUCAUUUUGAAGACCAUGAGUAAUUGGAGUAUCAAACAACGCUUGCGAGAGGAAAUCUUGGAAGCAGUGGAGAAAGGAGACACGACGAGGGUCGAAGAAUUACUUGACAAAGGAGCAGAUGUAAACGAAAGUGAGGGCGGUUACAUUGCUAAGAAGACCGUUCUCUUACUAGCAAUCGAGAAUAGUCAUGAAAACAUCGCCAAACUACUGGUUGAUAAGGGUGCAGAUUUAACAGUUACUGUUACAGUGACGGGCACCAAAAAGACACUACCUAACGUGGCUAGAGAUAAAGAGCUCCAUAAUUUGGCCGACUAUAUGCAAAACAAACUUGACAUGAAUGAGAGAUUAACAGCAUCGGUUAAAGAAGGCCAUAUAGAUUUUGUACAGGAUAACAUAAACCGAGGAGCCGAUGUCAACGUCUUGUAUACACCCCCAGAAAUAGAUCAACCUGACUGCACAUUGUUACAACUAGCUCUAAUAAAAGGUCACGUGGACAUUGCGAAGAUUUUACUUCAAAAUGGCGUCGAUGUUCAUCACGUGAUGAAGUGGGAAGACCAGUCAGAAGACACUGCACUAAGUUAUGCAGAAAGGAUGAAUUAUGAUGAAAUAGUAACAUUAAUUGAGGAGAGAUUAAUGACAUUACCAAACAACAAUUCCCAAGUAGCCAAUGGAAAUGGCAUAAAGAAAUACAAUGAAAUUGAAGAGAAUAAAGGAAAACACGUCGAGGUAUAUGACAUAGAAGACGUUGAUGAAUUACAGGAAAAUGCUUCAGCUCCAGCUAUGCAAACACAUCAAAAGAAGAAGAAUGGUAAUUGCAUCAUUAGUUGAUAAUGAGAUAUCACUCGAAAGACUUUAAAAAGCCGCUACCUAGUAAUCAUCUGUGGUCAUCGUAAAAUGGAUACAGUCACAUCAUCGUGCUCGACUCCCCACACCCUCCUCUUCGUCCUCUCUCUUCCCCCUCUCUCUCUCUGUCUAUCUAUC